UUUUAUUAGCAUUUCAGAAUGGUACGAUGGGUAAAAACGACGGGGUCCAAUAUACCCGAGUGGGCAAUAGAAGGUGGAUAUGAGGCGAAUGGGAGACCACUUUUUAUUGCCCGAGCACAAAUUGAAGGCGUCAUGAUACCUGGAAAAUGUGGAAACCACCUUCCUGGAGCUCAUAUUCCAUACAGGUCUGAAGAACGAAUUGUUAAAGAGUAUGACGUGUUGAUUACUUCAAAAACUCCUGGAUAUUUUGAUUGGCAAAGCGGUUCAUUCGGCAAUGUCCCAUCACAUGCUUUCAGAAUAGAUGAUGGGAUAUAUGUGGGUAGAGCGUUCUACCAAGGAGGUUUGGUGCCAGGGAAAGUUGAUUCUUCUAGGAGGAGUGCAUACAUAAGCUAUGGAGGGGAAGAAAUCAGGAUUCAGAAUUACGAUGUCUUCUGUGAGAUUAAAUUAGGAUACGAAAGAGGAAGUCGUUCAAUCUUACGAAGUUUUAUUUUGCCUUCAAAAAGUAAUGGUUUUUUAGAUUGGCAGAGAUGUUCUAACGGCUACGUGCCACCGAAUGCCAUUAAGACGGACGAAGGAAUCUAUGUUGGUAGAGCGUACCAUAAAGGGAGCUUAGUGCCAGGGAAAAUCCUCGUUUCUCACAGCACUUCCUAUGUCUGUUACGAGUGGGACGAGCACAGAAUUAAAAAUUACGAGGUGCUCACGGAGGUCAAAUGAAACCUGUACGACGAUUGGAGCAAUUUAUGAAACGAACUAUACUGAAAUGAAUAUCCAGCUUAUCUGACUUAUUUUUGUACCUUAUAAUAAUAUCUAUUUAUAUAUCUGUAUUCAAUUUUUUCUUCUCUCAAAAUAAAAGCAAUAAAGAUUUUAUUC